AUAUAUCUUCUCUACGACCAUACAAGGUCCGACAACAAGGGACGGGAUCUGAGAUAAUUCCACCGUUCGCUAUGGUAUUAAUCGAGACUCGAUAGUCCUGUCGACCCCUCCCGUGUUCCAAUAUAUGACAAUUUAUGCCAUCUUGGCGCUCUCCAUUUUGCCGGAUUUACGCGUCAUACAACCAUGGGGAUGUACCCGGGUUCCCUCCCUUUGAGAAAGCCAAGAACAACAAAUCAGCAUCAUGCAAGUUGUUCCUGGGAGCUGUCAGCGCUGGGAUAUGUCUCGAGGCAAUGGUAGGCGCAAAAGACAACCAGGUGGAAGAUUCGGCGAAGAACCCCCUGAAACGUCGAACGUCCCGGAACUUUGCCCUAUUCUACGGGGAUGCCUCCCUAUGGGCCUCGGGUUUGAUGCUUGUCAUAGUUUAGCACAUGUCUGCACACCUCUGGAUUGCCAUGCAUGGAGGCUAAGACAUUACGACGACCUUAGUUUUGUUUGGUUCGUUUCGUACAGCCUCAUCCGUUUGUUAUUCUGUUGGGUCUCUGCUUCUCGCUUCUCGUCUUGGAGAGGGUUGCUGCUGACAUCACACCAUCUUGGGGCUCGCGAUCCGAACGGCGAGAAAGGGAAAGAAAACAAUACUAAUUGUUACCCAUGUGAGAAAAAAGCAGACCCAAUCACGGAUUAUGGUUCCCCUCCACAAAGAGUCAAUCAUUCCGAGUGCUUUCGUUGCCCGGUCUCAUUCAAGGCGGGAGAGCGACAUUUUUGCGUUGUUUUCCUGCGGGGAUCCUUCUGGUCGAAUCAGGAACUGACAGGUCACCCCGUGAGUUUUGAUGCGCCCGUUGUUGGUAUCGAGGGCGUGGGAGUAAGACAGGCAGUGAGGUACUGGUAGCGAUAGACAUGGACCUGAGGCCUUGCUGCCCUUCCUCCACGCCGGCUUCAACAUGAUAU